CUACCGGAACUCACCACUGGCACUAUUGCUAGUCUACCGGUAUUAGUAUUUAGAGCUCGCACUUUUUCGUAUACCAGGCACAGCUAGUUAGUCCAAGGCCCGGUGAUGUUUGUAGGGAACAAGAAAAGUACAGUUUGCUGUGUUAUAGCAGUCAUUCAUGCUUGUCGUUGAUAUUGGCUAUUGUACUCAGCGUUGCUACAUCGCAACGCUAGCACAACCGAGAUACUUUGAACCACAGUGUACUCGUACUAGUCGUACUCCCUGCUUUGGACAUACACUCUAAUUGCUCCGUAGGCCACAGUACACCAUGGUAACCCUCGGCUUGGGAUGACAGUACUAUUUAGAACAGCUUCAGCAAGCUCCUGCACGCAUAGUAAAAAGCCUUGUACUAGGUAAAACACCCUUGGAAUAGAGACGUCCGCCAUUCUCUAAACGUGACUUAGCCGCUCAAAAUGUCAUCUGCUGGGGCGACAUUCACAUCUUCCACAACCUACCAGCAUUUUGUGCGCGGGAGACCCUUUCAUUCCACAGAAUAUCAUUAGUCACGAAUGCAUAUGCACACUGUACACAUGUCACUGAGUCAUGUACAUGUACUCCUGCCAUACUCACUCGAAUCCAAUGCCAAUUUUGAGGAGGCUUCUAUUUAAGAGGGGCUUCUGUUCGAGAGGGCCUUUGUUUCGAUACAUACCGGUAUUCCAAUCAAAUCCCUAAACUUUUAAUUUGCUAUGCCACUCGACCUUGGGUUAGUUCACAUGCACUGCAUCGACCUGGAUACAUGCAUGUACCGGUAUGCAUGCACAUACAUGUGAUAUUUUGGACGCACUUGAUCUUACCGAACAUGGCACUGCCUGGUCACCCCAUGCUCCGCGAAUAGCAGUCCUCCUUUCUAUUCGAGAGGGGCUUCUAUUCAUUUUAAACAGUCAUUGCAAGGGGGCUAUUAUUCAAGAGGGGCGUCUACUCGAGUAAGUACAGUGUUUGCCAUGGUUGUUUCGUCCUUUCCUUUUUUGUUGAUGUCCUCAGCCAAUUCACUAGUUGCUAGCGGCUGCGUGGAUAGUGCUGAUGUGUCUUAUUAGCGGGGAGUGAUGUCAUGGAGGAGCUAUCGACACCGCUUUGUUCCAUGGCUGCUUGCAAACUGGACAUCUCAAGCCGUCAGGCGGACCAAUCAGUCCGUAGAUGAGCGCUUAGUCAUUGCGUCCAGCAUCGUUGACGAAGUAUCAACUGUGUGCUCUAUGCUGGAGAAGAUUGAGAAAGACAGUUACCAUCAGUGUCCUAACCAAUGCGGCGAUUCUGGCUGCCGACAUCGCAUGUCAGGCCAUGGAAAAUAUGGCCCAGGCUGUGCUCUCUACCAUCGGUCACGACCAGUGAUUCAAUUUUGUCGCGGCUUUGCGUUGGCCGUUCGACAGAGCUCGUUAGCGAACGCUGGCCGCGGAGUGUUCCUGAAUGAUGGUAUCAUUCGCAAAGGCCAGCUAGUUGCUAUGUACCCAGGAACGGUUUAUCAGUCCUUUCAACCGAUUUUCUUCCAAUCCCUCGGGAAUCCUUUCAUCCUGCGUUGUGUCGAUGGUGUACUAGUGGAUGGAAGCCUGUCUCGCCUCUCGACAUCCAUUUUUAGAUCAUGCUGGCAUCGUGAUCGAUUAGGCCCUGAUUUUCUUGCAGACAGUAGUUGGCUGACAGCAUACACCAUUAAUCCCCUGUCUAUAGGGCAAAUUGUGAAUAACGGAACUAAAGAUAACCCAGCAAAUGUGUCAUACGAAGAGGCUGACUUGCUCGUGAAAUUUCCUCCGGCGCACCGCCGCUACAUUCCAAACCUCAAUUACGAGCCACUAUGCUGUUCACCUGGUGAAGAGACGGACAUGACAAGAGUUUGGGUGAGAAUUGUCGGGCUCGUUGCAUCUCGUGAUAUAUCUGCUGGAGAAGAAAUCCUGUCAUCCUACAUGACACUGGUAUCGGAAUAGCUGCCAUUUGAUUCUGCUGACAAGGUUCUGGACCAUCCGGGGAUUUUAAGUUUGUGCUGAUCCACGUGCUUACUUGUAACUACUAAAAAUAACCCAAGUCAGUAACGCUGUCCGAUCCAUCCAAUGUAGUGUUGAGUUUUCCUUUCCAUGUUUCCGGUUGGAUGUAACUUAGGUGCAUGGUAAAAAUGUACUUCUCAGUGCUGGUCGCUGUAGGAUAUUGAACAUUCGUAAAUUGCACUUGACUCGACAGUUCAUCCAGAAAAGGAUGAGCCCUUGAGCUUUGAAAAUGCAAUCUUUCCUCAUUUAUAGCAAUCAAUAGGACCAACUGCGGUGCUGAGAGGACAUUACCAAUUUACUUUAUUGAGUGAACCGUUUUAAAGUGUCUAUCUCUAUUUCUUUCUCUUUCGACUUUGUUCACCUUCCUCACUUGCUGUUGCUAAUUUGGAUUGGAGUAAAAACGAUUCGCCCAUAAUGUAAGCCUUGCUUGAUAGUUUGCCAGGUAUGCGUGUCCUUGGCCUUGUGCUAUGCUGUCAUCAUCAUAACCAUGAUAACGUUACCUUGUUGUGUUA